AUGCCCCCACCAACACACUACCUUCUGGCAAUUUUUCCAGGCUAUCAAUUGUUGGACCUCGCUGGACCCCUGGACAUCUUGAAUAUACUUUCACUGGUCAAGAGCGAAAUUCCGUUUACACUGACUAUCAUUGCGGAAACUCUGGAGCCUGUUCCAUCCAAGCCCAUCCCUCCAUCUUCUGCCAAAUGGUCAUACAACCUAGAAGCCGAGUUCCCUCAGACAAGUGGCAAAGUGAAUACGGGUUUCAACCAGUAUCUGCUUCCAGAUAUUACCUUCGGUCAGUUGGCUGAGACCCUAGAUGAUACUAGCAAACAAACGGGUCAUUUCAGUCCAGUUGACGUCCUACUCAUCCCUGGUGGGGUUGGAACUCGCCUGAAUCGUGUGCAAUCGGAUGGACACGCCAUUUCAAACGUGCGAGGAUUACUAGACUUCAUUCCCAAGAUUGCGCCUCACAUCGGAACCGCUAUCAUUACCGUUUGCACUGGUUCGGACGUGCUAGCGCAGACAGGACUCCUCGAGAACAGGCGAGCAACAACAAAUAUGUCACGCUAUCAAGAUGUGGUGGCUCGAAAUCCAGGUGUGAAAUGGCAGAAUUGGGCAAGAUGGGUGCGAAGCGUACCUGAUAAAUCCAAGGACCGUGCAAACAUCGAGAUCUGGACCUCGGCAGGUGUAAGUGCUGGAAUGGAUGUCGUUCUGGCCUUCAUUGGACAUAAUUAUGGCGGCGUGGAGCUGUCCAGAGAUUUGGCGAAAAGGCUGGAGUAUGACUGGAGAGAAAUACCAGAAGGUGAAAAGGAUCCGCUGUAUGAGAAACAUUGGGCUGCUUGA